AUGACCUCCGUGGCAUCCGUGAAUGAAAGCCUUCAGGGGAAUGGAGAUAAGCGAGUGAUAGAAGAUAAGAGACUGGAAUCUGGAGAGGCUGUCCACCAGGAGACGGGGCAAUACGCCGCGGGAAAUGGUGAAAGCGCUGCACCAAAACUUGUGGCCGCCAAAGAAGAGCUUGAUGACUUCGGCUUACCAAUUAGGCCUAGAAGAUCAACUACUACCCUAAGGUCCGUGUCGAUGCACAGCGUGCCUCCUGGACCUCCAAACGUGUCGAGUGUACCUAGAGAUUCGGAUCCCCGGAACCCCAUAUCUCGAUCCGUAUCCGUUCCCUUUGAGGCACUGGAAAAGAAGAAAGCCCACCUGGAAAGCAAAGAACUAUUGUCUAGCAAAGAUGAUGGUACGGUCGGUCCCAGCUUAUCGGAAACGAAAGAUAUAGGCCUUCCCACAAUACCCACCCAAGAAAGUAAUAAUGUCUCCAAGUUACCUCAUGAGGCGCAUACAAAGGAUGUUUCGGAGUGGUCACAUCAGAAGAUAACGACAAAAGAUGAUUCGGAGGAAGACAGAGAAGAUGACACAUGGCAUGACAUGCCUGCUCUAGGGGAAUUUGAUGUUUAUGACGAUUAUGGCAGAAUAGUUGCUCGCGGUGCCAAAGAAGAUGACGAUACUGUUUACCAAGGCCUUGGAGGGGCCGGAAAGGGAUAUACCAGGAUUCAGAUCGAUGAAGAUGCACAGUCAGCCACCAGCUUGGACGAAAAUACGAGUUACUUGUUCAAGGAGCCACAGAGUAAUGCUCUCGGUGUUGAAGAUGAUGACUUACGAGACCCAAGCUCUCAACUAGAAGCAACAAAAGACCUUCUCACGGAAGGUCAACGAAUCGCGUACGUUGGAGCUACAAGAUUAACUAUUUUCCAAAUGGUGAAGCAAGUGGAGUCAUACGAAUCAUCAUCAAAGACUACCCGCAAAUUUUUAAGUACUGCACUGGAUUCGACGACAAAAUGGGGCCAGCAAAUAAUGAUCCGCCUCUACGGGCAUAUGGAAAUCAACUCUGACGAACAGGUUAUGAUUGAGCAAUUAGCAGAACAUGGGGUUCGGCCGGAGGAUCUCGUUUCCCCGUUAAUGCAGAAUGCUCGUGUGAAAAAUCCUCUUGCUGAAGAAUCUACGGCUAGCCCCAAUAUAUCAGUCGAUAAAUCCACAACAGAUAUAGACAAGACGUCUAAACUCCCCAAUGAAGCGUCACGAUCACCCACACCCCCACCGCCAUAUGAAUGUAAUGGCAGUAACGACCUCCCAGAAAUUCAAUCGCCAUCUUCGCUGGACUGUAUUAUGUGA